GCCGGGGUCCAUGCCGGGCAUGUUGUGGUCCAUGUGGCCGUGAUCCAUGUGUGAGUGAUCCAUGUUCUCGUUGUAUUCUCUUUCUGCUGCUGUGGGAAGUGGUGUUGUGGUGCACUGGGUCGCUGCGAAGGGGAAACAGGACGCAACGCGCGCGUCUCACCAUGCCUGCGCGGGUGACCCCGCGUGCAUGAGCAUGUUUCGCACCGCAAAGGGUCCAGUAGCUAUCGAUGACAUUUGCGAUCUGCUUACAAUUCCAUGACAAGCGCUACACGACACAAUAGUCUUUACAGUACCUCUUUGACAUCCUGAAAUGCGAUUAUAAUCACUGCCAUGACAACCAUGCGAUCCCUCCGCCCUGCUGCGCGGUGCUUCCAAAGCUCAGCGCCACGCCCGCUCUUGCGGACCCCCGGAGCUAUUACUCCACAGCGACACUUUUCCCUUACAGCACCAGCACGCCUUCUCGCACCGCCAUUGAACGUGCCAAAAUGGGUAUCCGAGAACUCGCACAUGCUGAAGCCCCCGAUUAACAACUACUGCGUCUACAAUGACAGCGUAACCGUCAUGAUCGUCGGCGGCCCCAACGAGCGCACCGACUACCACAUCAACGAGACCGCCGAGUGGUUCUACCAACACAAAGGCUCCAUGCUGCUCAAGGUCGUCGACGACAAUGAGUUCCGCGACAUCCACAUCCACGAGGGCGAUAUGUUUCUGUUGCCGCCGAAUACGCCGCAUAACCCUGUCAGGUUCAAGAAUACUGUUGGUAUAGUGCUGGAGCAGCACAGGCCGGAGGGAAGUGUAGAUCGCUUGAGGUGGUAUUGCCAGAGCUGUGGGGAAAAGGUGCAUGAAGCUGCGUUUCAUUGUACGGAUCUGGGGACGCAGAUCAAGGAUGCUGUGAAUGCGUUUAAGGCGGAUACCAAGGCGAGGACGUGUGGUAAUUGCGGAACGAUAUGUGAUACUGCUCCCUCGAAAUCAGGCGAGAACCCCUCGAAACCCUCGAGACCAGACAAGACAACGAAGAACAAGUUGGAAGAAGAGGCGAAGGACGAUGUGGCAGAGGAGAGGGGAAAGAGCGCAGAGAAAGCGGAGGCAAGCGCGAAGACGAGUACAGGCAACAAGGUGCCUUUCCAGCCGUCGUAGACGCAGCCGAAGUCGCGGACUGAGUAACAAGUCUGGCGUUUGUAUUUUUAGGUGUCCGUAUACAAGACCUUAUAGACCCUUCCACAUGACCUUGGCGACAUGGUCGGUCUUCUUCUUGGUCGG